CUUCAAACUUCUGCAACUUUUUUGUUUUCUCCCAAAUCUGUGAAUCUCAGUGUUCUUCUUCACCAUCAUGCUCUCUCGUUUAUUUCUUAGACCUUCUAAUCUACGUCUCGUAACCCUAGUUACAUCGAAAUCAAACUCUCAGAUCUUCUCUUCGUUUAUUCGUCCGCUUUCCACUAACAGUAGCGGCGGCGGAAAUGGUGACGGGAAUAGUCGUAAUCGGAAUGAUGUUCCGUGGAGUUUUACUGGAGUAAACGAUGAUAAGUCUGGUCCUUUCUCUUCCGAUGAUUCUUGGGGUUCUUCUGGAGUUGAAGGAUCUGGGUCUGUUGGUGGAGAGGGGAAAUGGCCGGAGGAGCCUAAGAGAUGGAAUAUGAAGGAGGAAGAGGAUAAGGUUGUGUUUGAUACUGGUGGAGAAGUUGGUCAAGGGAUUGAGACUAAUCGUGAGAGGAGGGGCAAUGAAUGGGAGGAGACUAAGCGAUGGGAUAUGAAGGAAGGAGAGGAGAAAGUUGUGUUUGGUUCCGGAGGAGAUGUGGUGGAUGGGUUUGGAAUUAGAGGAGAGGUGAAGUCUAAUGAAUGGGAUGUGUCAAAGCCGUGGAAUUUGAAAGAAGAGGAGGAGGGAGUUGUGUUUGAUACUGGUGGUGAAGUGCCGUUUAGCUUUGAGAAUAGCUUGGAAAUGGCGGAGGAAGAGCGUGUGAAGAAGGAGUUGAUUGAGAAAGAGGAGAAGGAGCUUCUUGAGGUUAUCAAGGGUCCUGAUCGAGCAUUUGGAGACCUUAUUGCUAAGUCAGGUAUAACAGAUGAAAUGCUAGAUAGUUUAAUAGCCUUGAAGGAUUUCCAAGGGGUCGAAGGAUUGCCUCCUCUGACUGAGAUUGAAAACCUGCGCCGUGAGAAAAGUUCCAAGAAGUCCUCAAGAGCUGAGAUAGAACUCCAGAUGCAAGAGGACAUUGCCAAAGCACGGGUGAGACAAGUUGAUGAAACAGGUAGAGCCUAUGGAACUGGAAGAAGAAAAUGUAGCAUUGCCCGUGUUUGGAUUCAACCUGGGGAAGGAAAAUUUCAAGUUAAUGAAAAAGAAUUUGAUGCCUAUUUCCCUAUGCUUGAUCAUCGCGCUGCUCUUCUACGCCCACUUGCUGAAACCAAAACCUUGGGUCGUUGGGAUAUUAAGUGCACUGUUAAAGGCGGUGGUACUACAGGUCAAGUCGGAGCUAUUCAAUUGGGUAUCAGCAGGGCAUUGCAAAACUGGGAACCAGAUAUGCGGACAUCACUUCGAGCUGCUGGAUUUUUGACAAGAGACUCGAGAGUUGUGGAAAGGAAGAAACCUGGAAAAGCCAAGGCAAGAAAGAGCUUCCAAUGGGUCAAACCUUCGGGUAGUCCAAGUCCCAAAGAUGGUGAUGACGUGGAUGUCCGAGAAGAAUAUGCAAACGCCUUUCGUACAGAAUCAUACAAUCAGUUUUGGACACGUGUCAUACAAUUAAGCCGCAGAAAGUCCACGGUGUCUUCUUCUUCAUCACCACCAAUCGAAUCAUCAUCCACGUCAGCUCGUCUAAUGUCCUAUCGCCUCUUCGCACACAAUCUCCUAGACCCGGAUCCGAAUACCAUAACCCGGAUACUGGAUGCAUCCAGGGUCGGACGACCCACCCGAACUCUUCUCUCUGAUUAUUUCUUGGAGACGGCAAAUGCUUUCUUGCUUUGCACGCUAUUACUUAAAAAUAUUCAUCGUCUUCGUUCUAAAUACGAGUCUUUGAAACCCAAAUUUCAAUCGGAGAAUCAUAAUUCAUUGGCUUUAGUAGACCAAUUCACGGAGAUAUCAAAAUGGUUCGACCCGUUUAUCUCGUCGGGUUCUAGGAUCCAGCUAAUCAGAUCCGGCUGUUUAGACUUGCUAAAACGGCUAGAGUCGAGCCGAGACAAGACACGAGCCAAACUCAAGCUCAUCAACGGACUAACUCAUAGCUCAGGGCUUCUCGUUUUGGCUCUAACAACUACAUUGAUUGUAACCAUAGCCUCUCACGCCUUUGCUUUGUUUAUAGCCGGUCCGACUCUUUUAACCGCUCGAUUCAAACCAGCCGGUUUAAGAAAUAAGUUGACGAAAGCUGCAGCUCGGCUCGACGUGGCUGCGAAAGGUACUUACAUUUUAAGCCGUGAUUUGGACACGAUAAGCCGACUAGUAACUCGGAUUAACGAUGAAGUGGACCAUGUUCGAGCCAUGGCUGAGUUUUGGGUUGGGAGAGGGUCGGGCCGGGUUCGAGGCAGUGAAGAAGUGGCUCGAGAGUUAAAGAGAUGUGAAGAAAGCUUUAGUGAAGAACUUGAUGAGCUUGAAGAACAUAUAUACUUGUGUUUCAUGACUAUUAAUCGGGCAAGGAAUCUUGUUGUUAGAGAGAUUUUGGAUUCCGAUGAUCCUCCUAAUUAUGUGGAUGAGACGAUUUUCGUCGCGGUGGCGGAAGAUGUGGAGAGAAGCAAAACCACGGUGUUAUGGGCGGCGCGUAACUUUUCCGGCAAGAAGAUUUGCUUGCUUUAUGUUCAUCGAACUGCUCGCGCUGCCUCCUGGACGCACAAGAAACUUGUUGGUGGUAGCUUUAAAAAACAUGAUGUCAAGGUGAUUGAGAGAGCUGAGAAGCCCAAAGUGGAUGAGCUGAUGAAUUCUUAUCUUCAUCUUUUAUCUGAAACUGAGGUUCAAACAGAUAAACUUUGCAUUGCGGGGCAAAAUAUCGAGGAAGGUAUCUUAGAACUAAUUGCUCGCCACAAAAUUAAGUGGUUAGUCAUGGGAGCUGCAUCAGAUAAGCAUUACUCAUGGAAAAUGACGGAUCUAAAGUCCAAGAAAGCCAUAUUCGUUUGCAAAAAAGCUCCUGAUUCCUGCCAUAUCUGGUUUCUGUGUAAAGGUUACCUUAUCUUUACAAGGGCGUCAAAUGAGGAUAGUAAUAACAGACAAACGAUGCCGCCCUUAGUACAGCUGGAUUCAGAUAACGAGACAAGGAAAUCAGAAAAAUUGGAAUCGUCUUAUAUGAGGAGAAGGUUAAGAUAUUGGCGCAGCCUCCUUGAACAAGAUGGUGAGAAAGACACAGGUCAAUUGGAGAGAGAGAAGGUAGAACCAAGAGCAACUCCUCAUUUUUCUUCAGGUUCAAGUUCUUCCUUUGGAGAGCCGGUUGGUCCAGAGCCGGUUAGCCCAGAAUUGGUUGACGCAGAUACAUUAACUACCUCAAAUGUUGAGGAAAAAGAGCGUGAAGGUGAUGUAGCGCGCAAAGUUCAUAGGUAUGAUAAAGCCAUGCAUGAUAUUGGCCAAUCAGAGAGAACAGUCUAUGGGGAGUCUGGGAAGAAGUGGAAAGAGGAUGCCAGUACUACGGAGGCUUUAUGCAAGGCUAAAGCCUUGGAAGGCUUAUGCAUUAAGGAGUCGAGCCAAAGAAAGAGAUUGGAGGAAUUGCUGGAAAAAGAAAAGCAUGAAGUAAAAAUGGUAAUAGAGCAGAACAACGGAUUCAUGAAAGAACUUCAGAUGGUUCAGGGUCAGAAUCUUAAGUUGGAGAGCCAGAUAAGGAAACUGCAAGACUUGGAAAAAGAACAUGGUGAGAAAUUCGAUACGGCUAUGGAGCUCUUGAAAAGUUUUAGGCAGAAAAGGGAUGAGAUCCAGAUCGAUCAUGAGAACGCAUUAAAGGAAGUAAACGCACUGAGAAGGCUGAUUAAAGGAGAGACUGGAGAGUCUUCUGGGUCGGAAAUGCUCGAGUACUCUUUUAUGGAAAUCAAUGAGGCUACUAAUGAAUUUGACCCAUCUUGGAAACUUGGAGAAGGCAAAUACGGAAGUGUCUACAAAGGGAAUCUUCAACAUCUUCAAGUUGCUGUAAAGAUGUUGCCCUCAUACGGAUCCCUGAAUCACUUUGAGUUCGAGCGUCGGGUGGAGAUUUUAAGCAGGGUGAGGCAUCCAAAUCUGGUAACACUGAUGGGUGCUUGUCCAGAGUCUCGGUCUCUCAUUUAUCAAUAUAUUCCUAACGGAAGCCUCGAAGACUGCUUUUCAUCUGAGAACAACGUUCCUGCGCUUUCAUGGGAAUCUCGGAUAAGGAUUGCCUCUGAAAUAUGCUCUGCCCUCCUGUUUCUUCAUUCAAACAUUCCUUGCAUCAUUCAUGGAAACCUAAAACCGUCUAAGAUUCUCUUGGAUUCCAAUCUCGUCACCAAAAUCAACGACUACGGGAUCUCUCAGCUGAUCCCGAUUGACGGAUUCGACAAAUCUGAUCCUCACGUAGAUCCACAUUACUUUGUUUCCAGGGAAAUGACGCUGGAAUCAGAUAUAUACGCAUUUGGGAUCAUUCUCCUUCAGCUUCUCACCAGAAGACCUGUAUCUGGCAUACUGAGAGAUGUCAAAUGCGCUCUGGAGAACGAUAACAUCAGUGCGGUUCUGGAUAACUCAGCAGGAGACUGGCCAAUUGCACGAGGCAAAAAGCUAGCUAACGUAGCCAUCCGUUGCUGUAAGAAAAACCCAAUGAAUCGACCAGACUUGGCAGUGGUUCUACGGUUUAUAGAUCGAAUGAAGGCCCCAGAAGUGCCUUCAUCAGAAACAUCAUACUCGGACCAAAAAGUUCCACGCCGGCCUCCUUCUCAUUACCUCUGCCCUAUUUUUCAGGAAGUGAUGAAAGAUCCAUUGAUAGCAGCAGAUGGGUUCACAUACGAAGCAGAAGCGAUUAGAGAAUGAGUCAUCAGACAUUCUUUGCGUCGUCACCUAUGGAGAAUUUCAUCAAUCACCAUCAUCAUCAUUAUCUCUCCCAUGGCUUUCACAGAUACCGGUAUCAACCGCUCGGAUUCUCCUAUCUCCGAUCAAGACUAUGACCUCCGACAACGUGAUCACUCUUCGUUAGACUCUGACUUUCUCCGUCUCCGAAGCCAGAUAUUCGAAGGGAGUUAUCGGAAAGCUGAUUUGAUUAGAGUGAACCUUGAGCUGUCCCACGAGAGAGAUGCGCUUAGGCGAAGAAAUCGUGAGCUUGAAGCUGAAAUUUCGGAGGCAGAGAUGAUUAGAAAGGAAAUGAAGAGAGAUAUGGAAGUCUCUAAAGAAAGAGUCGGUGAAUUGGAUGGAGAGACGAAGGAGAAAUCCAAAUUACUAUCGGAUAUUGCGGAUUCCGUACGAUCUAUGGAAGACCGCUUGUCGAAAUCGAUCCGCUGUUUAAACGAAGAGGAAGAGGAAAGAGGGGGAAAACUGGAAACAGAGGAAAAAAAUUUCAUGUCAAUAUUGGACUUAGUCAAGGAGGUUGAAACGAAGUUAGAGACGUUCGUGGAAUCAAUGGAGAAGAAGAAGCUAGAGCUAAGUAGAAGUGUGGAGUUCUUGGAAGAGGAGAACAGAGAUAUCAGUAUCUUGUUAAGGGCUGCUUUGUCUGAGAAACAAACUGCAGAGAAGCAAUUGAAAGAGAUGAAUGAGCAGAAGGGAUCGGCUUUGCUGCAAAUCGCAGGACGAGGAUUGCAGAGAAUAGGUUUUGGUUUUGGGUUCGGGGAUUCUGUAGAGGAGAGCUCAGAAGCGGGAAAUCUCGCCAAGGACGAGGAAGGAGAAGAAGAGAAUGGUGUGGUUAUAGCAAUAGAGAAAACUAUGAAGAAGCUACGGCAAGAGGUUUCUCAGCUGAAGAUAUCCUUGGAGGAAUCAAGGUUAGAAGAAGAGCGAUUGAAGAAAUUUACAGAGGAACAAGCUCAGAAAAUAGCAGAGAACACGGUGUAUAUCGACAAGCUGCAAAAUCAAGAGAUGUUUCUUGCUCAAAACGUGGCAGAGCUAGUGAAAGUAAUAAGAGAAGCUGAAUCAGAAGUAAGUAGAUGGAGAGAAGCUUGUGAGCUAGAAGUUGAAGCAGGGCAGCGCGAAGUCGAAGUACGCGGUCAACUGAUAGCGGUUUUAAAGACAGAGGUAGAGAAACUGAGAUCAGCCUUGACCAUAUCAGAGGGCAAACUAAAACUGAAAGAAGAAUUAGCUAAAGCCGCAAUGGUAGCAGAAGAAGCAGCUGAGAAAUCUCUGCGGUUGUCCGAGAGAAGAAUAGCUCAACUUCUCAGCCGCAUUGAAAAUCUCUACCACCAAUUGGAAGAAGCAGAGUCUACAGAACGCAGACGUGGAAAGUUUAGGUAUGUUUGGUGUUGGCCGAUGUGGCGCUUCCCUACCGCUGCUUCUGCUGCUGCGACCGCUACUGGCUGUUCUUCAUAUACAAGCAACAGAGCAUUGUUACGAUAUGAUGCGUGAUGAUCUAGUACUGUUAGCAGUUAGCACAAGAGUUGUGUAGACUAAAUAUGACCAUAAAAGCUCAAUAUUUACUUGUAUUAAAAUCGUUACUAUUGU